UGAAAGAAAACGGACUGGGAAUGAGAAUGCUAAGUAAAAUAUCGAAGUUUGCAUGUUGGCAUGUAAUGUUUUAAUUGCAUUUUUUAAAUUACUCCUGAUUAUUGUCGCUUUAGAAAAUAUUUUUUUCGUAAAACCUGUGAUGAAGUAUAUAGCUGUAAGUUUGUUAAACAGAAUUUCUCAAGUUCUGUUUCGCACUCUACUUUCAUUCCUGUAACAGACGCAACAAAGUGAAAUAGACAGUACAAGACAGAAAUGAUUUGUUAUAUAAUAUAACCUUGAAAUCCACAACAAUUUCCAAAAACAAAUCUUUACGUGCAUGCAAGUAUCCUUCUGACCUUGACAGCUGAUUAUUUUAAGGUUAACAAAAAUUGCAUAUGUAUAAAAGAAAACAAAAACAUUUAUUCAUAAAAUAUCCACAUGUUAUCAAGAACACAUUACUUUCAAUUAUAGCCAGUAUGACAUGGCAAUAGCUUUCUGUUGUUGCUGCAUUAAAGAAAAAACUAAUCAAGUAGUACCCAUUGUAAUAAGCGAACCUUCUGUUGUUAUCGAUGCUCAAGACGUCAUAGAAAUUGAAAGUAGUUUUCAGAACAUUUCAACCAUGGAACUUGUGGAUGGAUCACAAAAUAGUGUAUUAAAUGAGGAAAUUGAUCCAGGGCAUUACUUCAAGAAAAAAACGUUUCACAAACCAACUUAUUGUCAUCACUGUGCAGAUUUGUUAUGGGGUUUAACAAACCAAGGAAUGCAGUGUACAGUUUGUGGAUUUGUGACACAUGAAAGAUGUCGAACUACAAUUAUGACACCAUGCAACACUAAAGCAUCAACAUUGGUUCAGGUUCCAAGGUUGCACACACUUAUCAAACUUUCCAAUGAUAAAAAGAAGUAUUGUAAUGUGUGCAGACAUCGAAUUGACAAUUCUCACAGUUUUCAAUGUCAAGCGUGUAGUUACUAUAUUCACGAUAACUGUCGUAAGCAAAUAGUUCAUUGUUGUAAAACUAUGGCUGGUUAUGUAAAAAACACUGCACAGUUAAAAGUCAAGCAUUACCAUCAUUGGUGUGAAGGACAUUUACCACUGAGUUCAAAAUGUAGAAUUUGCAGUAAAACUUGUGCAAGCAAUGAUUGUUUAACUGGUCUACGCUGUUCUUGGUGUCUCACAACUGUGCAUUCCUACUGUGUGAAAACGCAUCCUGUGGAGUGUGAUUUUGGAAGCCUACGCAACAUGGUUCUCCCUCCAUACGUGUUGCAGCAACUCAAUCCAAGUACCUCACAAGUACCUUCAGAUGAAAAUGGAUGGACAGCUGUUUCAAAUGGAAUCAAUGAUGUUGGACAUAAAAUUUAUGAAAAUGGUGAUUCUAAUUCAAGUCAUAUAUUACCGAUUUAUGAAGGUUCAAUUAAAAACCCGCAUGGCUGGAGGAAUGUCAGUAUUACAGAACAAUCAACAACAAAAGAAAUCUUGAAAGAAGCUCUACAUAAGUUCCAGAUCAAAGAUGAAAAAACAAAAUAUUUUCUUAUACUCUUACGCAAACAAUCUUCUGAAGUUAAACUUGGUGACAAUGAAAAACCAUGGGUAUAUAUAAAAGAUAAUAUAACGAACCAGCCACAGAUAUUUCUACGACAUGUUAAAUUGGAUAACAAAGAUCUAAAGCUAGUUUUGCAUGCUGGUUCAAUCAAUGCAUCUGUCACGCAAAUCACCAUGAAAGUUAACAUGACAUCACCUUCAAAUGAAAUAGUUAUCAAAGCAUUAGAUAUGUUCAAACUGGAAAAGAAAAAUGCAGAUGAUUAUUGUAUUACACAAAUGCGUGUGACGUCACAAAAAGUGCUAGAAACAUCCUUAGACAAUGAUGAAUCGAUUUACGAAGCGUUGGUUGAAAGAAGAAAGCAAACCAUCCAAGAAUUGCAUUCAACACGAUUUUAUUUACAACCGAAAGAUGAGCCACUAACCAACCUUUCAUUAUUCAUCGAACACCUGCCUGUUGAUUUAACAAAACAUCAGUAUCAGUACCUUCUGACUGAUGUUGUUGGAAAAUGGGACGAUGGUAUGAAUAUGACAGCGCUUUUUCCUGCACAAGGAGCUGUUGUGAUAGAAUUUGACGUUGUUGAGACAUUAAUGAAAGUGAUCAGCAGGUUAAACGAAGGUAUAAUCGACGGAAAGAAGCUUCGACUGCAUCUACUUCCCGAAAUUAAGGAAAAACUCAUCCCAAAAGAAGCUUGUCCAAUCAUUGUAUUCGUGAACGGCAAAAGCGGAGGUGGUCAAGGCUGGAAGUUAUUAACAACUUUCAAGAGAUUAUUGAAUCCAUACCAAGUAGUUGAUAUUCUAGAUGGUGGUCCACUUCCAAUAUUGUACAUGUUCAGAAACGUAAAACGUUUCCGUAUUUUGAUCUGCGGUGGAGAUGGAACAUUCGGUUGGGUGCUCUCCUGCUUAGAUGAAAUUCGAUACAAUAUUUUAAGAUGUAAACAGCCUGCAUCAGCUCUUUUACCGCUCGGUACAGGAAAUGAUCUUGCUCGAGUUCUUAACUGGGGUUCUGGCUAUUCCAGCGAAUCUCCGCUUGCCAUAUUAAUGGCUAUAUCAUAUGCAUCAGAGACCAUGCUGGAUAGAUGGAAUGUUGUAUUCGAUUCUUCUGUGUACAACGCCAGCGGUCAAGCAUGUCAGGAUCAUGAUCCUAUCAAUAUUGUCGCUAUGAAUAAUUAUUUUGGCGUUGGUAUUGAUGCUAAAGUGUGCUUAGAAUUCCAUAUGUCAAGAGAAGAGAAUCCUGAAAAAUUUACUAGCAGAUUUCACAAUAAAGGUGUGUAUUUUAAGGCAGGUGUACGUAACCUCACACGCCACAGUAUGACCAACUUACAAGAUAGAAUCGAAAUCAUAGUUGAUGGAGAAGAAGUUGAUUUACCAUCUAUUGAAGGUGUAGCUGUCAAUAAUAUCAACAGUUGGGGUGGAGGAUCGGAUCCAUGGGGAAAAGACCGCGACGAGAAAUUUGCGCCUCAAAGAUUCAACGAUAAUUUGCUGGAACUGAUCGGGUUUACCGGCGUUUAUCAUAUGGGAAAAAUAAAAAGUGGGUUGUCAACUGGCAUCCGUAUUGCGCAGGGAACACAGAUUAACAUAAAACUGAAAGAAUCGCUACCAGUGCAAGUGGAUGGCGAGCCAUGGUUGCAAGUCCCCUGUUCAAUUAUGAUACGACCAACACUUCAACAGGCACGCAUGCUUGUGAAGCCGUCAGUGUCUCCUGCACAGAUUGUUAAAUCACGCACUCCUCCUUUGGCGUCCAAAUUUAAACACGAAAGCGAGCAAACCCGACGAUAUACCGUCGGUGUAACUAAUUGGUAUCAUUAGUUCGUUUCAUUACAUUCUCUCAAUCAAUACACAGAUGUUAUAUGUACACAAGGUUCCCGAUUCCCGAUGGGCACUUCCUUGAGAGAUACCUGAAGAGAAUUUGGUUACUAAGUGUCUAUUGGAGAAUAGUUUGAUGAUAUUCUGGGACUGUUGCAAGAAUUAGAAUUGGUGGUAACAUUUAGUGAUAAUAUUUUCUAUAUUUUUUACAAAUAUUGGAAGGAAGAUAAUUGCGACUAUCCAAUGGAAACAUCUGUUAUUGUUUAUAAAUUAUGUUACGAAAGAUAUUAGUUGAGACCCCGAUUGAACCAUUCCCCAUCAGCACUAUUUUUUUACAUUUUUAUAGAUCUAUUUAUGUCCCUAUGCAUUAUAAAUAUUUUCGAAUUUUUUGAAUUUUUAGUUGCGAAUAAUAUUUAUUUAAAUGAAUUGAUAGCUGCAAGAUUUGUGUUAAAAGUAUAAAAUAUUUCAAAAAAGCCACUACUUCAUCCAUAUGUCGCUCACUUUACAAAGAAACAUUCCCUUUCAGUUCGGAUUUCAGCUUAAAAUACCUGUGUAAAACAAAGACCUGCAAACCACGAGACUGACUGGAAAGUCUGGUGUAUUUUGAAGACUGAUUUUAAUAAAAAUAAGAUUCAGUUCAAUAGUCUUUUUGGUUAUACAUGACCGAGCUGGGAUAAUAAAGCGAAAUCAAUUACUCCCAAUCUAACUACACAGAAAAUUGAAAGUGUUUUUUGAAAUAUUUAUUGUGAUUUCUGUUUGUCGUUUUUGUCUCCAUUAUUAAUCAUCCGAAUGUCAAAGCCAAUGCGCUUGUCAGCAAUAAAAGAUGCAGUACUGAUUCAUUUGAUGGACGAUCUAUUUUUUAUUUUCUUUAUUGUUGAUGUUAAAAUAGUAAACCCUAUAUAUUUUUUAUGUAUAUAGUUUGGUUAACCAUGAAUUCUGCAAAUGGAAAUAUUGUUGUAAUUGGAAUAUAGAGAAGAAAAUAACUGAGUAA